GAGCGCCCCGGGCUUGGGCACGCGGGGUCCGGGAGGCUCCGGAACGGGAUUAUGGGAGAGCGCGGCCCGCCCCACAGGGAUUCGGGACCCUGGGAGUUCCUCGAGCCGCAUCCAGCACCCUUAGUGAGCAGGGCCGGAGUCUACUCCAGAAGCUGAGCAGCCAUGACAUUUGCUGAGGACAAGACCUAUAAGUAUAUCCGCGACAACCACAGCAAGUUUUGCUGUCUUGACGUUCUGGAGAUCCUGCCUUACCUGCCCUGCCUCACAGCCAGUGACCAGGACCGACUGCGGGCUUCCUACAAGCAACUAGGGAACCAGGACACACUCUGGGAACUCUUCAAUAAGCUCCAGCGUCGUGUUGGCUGGGUACAGUGCUUCAUCCAUGCACUGAAGAUCUGUGAGCUGCCUGGGCUAGCUGAGCAAGUGACUCGAGUUUAUCAGAGCUACCUGCCUCCUGGGACUUCACUCCGCUUCCCGGCCCCAGUGGAGUCCCCAGCAAUUCCUCCUACAACUUCAGGACCUUCUGCGUGUGCUCCAGGCCACAGCAUCUCUGACAGUGACUACCAAGGGCAAACAGGCUACCCCAGGCCUGUCCAGGACACCCAGCCACCAAAGUCACCAGGAGAGAAUUCAGAGCAAGCCCCACAGGCCAGCUUUGGGGCCAUCCCAAGGACGCCUGGUGGCUCUUCGAUGCCCUCACCUAACCUGCAGGCUGUCAGCUCUCAGCCCACCAGAGAGCAUCAUGGUCAAGAACCGGAACUGAGUGGCACCUCUACAGCAAGUGUUGACUCCAACCCCACACCACCCCAUGGACCUGUGUCUCCAACUGUGUCCUUCAAGCCCCUACCACGUACUGCCCUUCGGAUGAGCCACUUGACUGGGGCCAUGGCAUCGGUUCCAUCUCCUGACACCUCCUUGUCUUCCUCUUCCACUGGAUUGGCUUUUACAAAGGGAGCUGGUGACCAGGCCAAGGCUGCCACCUGUCUUAGCACUGACGGGGAAGUACCCACCAAUUCUGUGACCACCAGCUCAGUGCCUUCUUCUGCCAAAGUGGUGCCGGUGACUACCAUGUCUUCCAAAGUGUCCUCCAAGUUGCCCAUCAGCACUAAGUCCACUGCUGCAAUGCCCUCUACUGUGCCCACCAGUACAGCACCAUCAAAAUUACCCAUCCACUCGGCAUAUGUUGGCACAAUGCCAUCCAAAGUGCCUGCUAGUGUGGCCAAAGCACCUGCCAACAUAAUGCCACCCGACAGGAGCAGCAACCGAGCCAAGGAGACCCUCGAGCUUCCAGCAGCCACGGUCACCACUAGAGGCGGCCUGCCCGGACCUGAGAGCUUGCACUCUGGGCCAGAGAUGAGCAAGCCAGGUGUGUUGGCGUCCCAGUUGGACGAGCCAUUCUCAGGCUGCUCUAUGGACCUUGCCAUCAGCCCUAGCAGCUCCUUGAACUCAGAACCCAAUCAUGGUCCAGAGGAGAACGAGUAUUCGUCCUUUAGGAUCCAGGUGAAUGAGGACCCCAGUGCUAACCUCCUGGCAGGAAACCCUGGGCCACUAGCCACCCGGGAGCCCCCAGAAGAGGAAGAGGAAGAGCUUUGUGUCAGUUCAAUACCCUGGCCCAAGUGGCUUGGGGCGGCACUCUUGGCUGCGUUCCUGGCAGUGAUGGUGUACCGUAGUAGGCGCCUGGCGCCCUGAAGCCUCAGCUGUGUGCCACUCACUUGCUCACUUCUGCCAAGCAUGUCCUCUAGGCUUGGGCUGCUGGAGACUGAGUCGGGAACUUAGAGAUGGGGAGGUCCAUUGAACUAUCUGGGUGGGAGCUGCACCGAGGCUCCAUCCACCGUGGGGAAGGGGAGAGACAUUCUUUCCAUCCUAGUUCAUGCCCUCUUCUGGUCUUUAGCUUUGGGGCACUGGAUUACCGCCACUACUUCCGACCCGCCCACAUGGCAGUAUAGGAUCUCAUGCUGUGUGCGCCUCAAGAGGUAUCCCCACCAGCCUCAUCUCUGUUGGCCCAAGCCUGAAGAUCAGGAGAUACCAUACUCUGUUGAUAGUGCUCCUCAUCCUGCCCAGGUCUCUUGAAACGAGCACAGGUGUAUUGGUGAAAACUGCCAUAACAUCUAGUGCCUUCCACCAGCAACCCAGCCUAAGGCCUUGGCACUAGAGCCUAGGAGCAGUGGAGUGGCUGGUUUCUAGGGAGCUUUGAAUCAUCAGUCUCUGGUCCCUCUCCACAGCCAGGCAACCCUAAGGGAAGGUCUGAAGGUUCCCUGUGGACUCCAAGAACGCCAGAAGCAGCUGUCAGGCCUGAGGAAGACUCUGGGAGCCCUGUUCUAGCCCUCCUUACCCCACCUCUUCACUUCCUCCCUCCCUCCUGGUCUCCUUGCUCUUUGGUUUCCUAUACUGGAUGAUGGAACACCUAGUGGGCGGAGCUCAGGCUGGCCUUGGAUUUCAGUUCCACUCUUUCUCUGGCUUUAGCAGACAUUUAGCUUCUCUAGUCUUUUCCCCAGUGUGGACAGUGAGGAGCCCUUCCUUUUACUGGGCUCGUCUGAGACUGAAGGAUAUAGAUAUUUCCGUAGUGCCUAGCCCAGAGGGAAUGACUACCAAGUACUGACUCUCCUGCCCACCCUGGUUGAGCUCAGGUGAGCUUGAGAGGCAGAGUACAUGGUGGUAAUGGCACAGUCUUUGGCUUUGAGAAGAAGCCUUGGCCUGCAUAGUGCUUCUGUCUCUAGCACUGUGUAGUCUGCCUGUGGUCUCUGACAAGGUGUAAGCCUCUGUGCCUCACUUUUCUCACCUGUGAGAUGGGGCGAAUAUGUAUAUGUAUGUGCUAAUAUGUUCUAAUAUUAUCAAGAUAAUUAAAUUAAAAGUUUAUCUGCA